AUGGAAGAGAAUUUGAAGAGUAGAAAGACGCGGGAGAGUAGAGGGGGUAUGGAUAAUAUAUGGGAGACGACUGCCAGCUAUAUUAGGGAGACCACUAGAGAGGUGUUGGGUGUCUUGAGAGGUCAAUCUGGAAAAUAUCGAGAAGACUGGUGGUGGAACGAAGAGGUCAAGAGAAAAGUGGAGUCUAAGAAGGUAGCUUAUGCUAAGUUGGUUGGAAGUAAGGAUGAUGAGAAAAGGCAGAAGAAUAAGGAGAAGUAUAAGGUAGCUAGAAGAGAGGCUAUGUUAGUGGUUACGGCGGCUAAGACAGCAGCUUUUGAGAGUUUGUAUGCGGCUUUAGAGGAGAAAGACGGAGAUAAAAACUUGUAUAGGAUGGCCAAGGCCAGGGACCGGAGGGCUCAUGAUAUGGUUCUGAUCGAUGAAACUCGGGGUGGAUUUAAUGAUAAGUUGGAAAUUUGGAGACAGACGCUUGAAUCUAAAAGUUUUAGGUUAAGUAUAACCAAGACGGAGUACUUGGAGUGUGCUUUAUUAGAAGCUAAGUACUGGAGUAUGGUGGAGAGUUGCCAUGUGGCUAAGGGGAGCUUUGCAAGAUUGUCCAAAUAG